CACGACAGCAGCAGUUGAGCACCGUAUUCCCGAGGCGUAACGCCUCUCGCAUUGCUCUAAUUUUAAUAACGACAUAUACGUAUAAAUAUUUUCUCUCAAGUGACAGUUCGUAUAAUAAUCGCGCAUUGUCAUUUUUUUCGCAACUUGAAUUCCAUCGUGUGAAUAAAGAUCAGCAUGGUAUACAUCAUCGUGUUAUCGAUUGUCGUGGGUGCUUUAGGUAUUUAUUAUUAUCUUUUUAAAGAUUUGGACUUUUUCAAGAAACAUGGAAUACCGUAUAAGAAACCUUCCCCAUUACUUGGGAACAUGGGAUCGAUAUUAUUUCGUCGCCAAUCGUUAGCUGAAUUAAUUAAAUCAAUAUACGAUUUAUCUCCUGACGCCAAGUACGUCGGUGUUUACGACUCGACCAAGCCACUCAUAGCACUCCGCGAUCCCGAGCUUAUUAAAUCCAUCACGUUAAAACAUUUCGACAUGUUUAUGGAUCGUUGCAUCGUUAUCGAGGAAACUCAAGAUCCAUUUUUUGGUAAGAAUGUAUCCGCUCUUCGCGGAGAGAAAUGGCGCGAAGUGAGAUCUAUAUUGAGCCCGGCUUUCACGUCCAGUAAAAUGAAAAAUAUGUUCAAGCUAAUGUCAGAUUGCGGUAUCGACUUUGUCAAUUAUUUGAUGCAAUUGCCAGCGGAGAAGAGGAUAAUGGAAAUGAAAGAAGUCUUCACGAGGUACACGAAUGACGUAAUAGCUACGUGCGCCUUUGGUAUCAGUGUUGAUUCCAUGAGAAACCCCAAAAAUGAAUUCUAUGUGUAUGGCAGAGAGGUGAGAUUCAAUACUAUUGCUAUAAUAAAGUUCUUUAUAUAUAGAAGCUUGCCUUGGCUGGCACGAAUAAUGAGAUUGAAAUUUGUUCGUGAAAUAGCGAAUUUUUUCCGAGAUCUCGUAAAAGUCACAAUAAAAAUUAGAGAUGAGAACGGUAUCGUUCGACCAGACAUGUUACAGCUGAUGAUGGAGAAUAGAGAUAAAGACGAUAAAAUAGAAUUGACUAUAGACGAUAUGGUUGCCCACGCGUUUAUUUUUUUCUUUGGCGGCUUCGAUAGCAGUUCUUCAUUAAUGUGUUUCAUCGCUCAUGAACUCGCGGCAAAUCAGGAUAUACAAGAAAGACUUCACAAUGAGAUCGAUGAGAUUUUAGAAAAAACAAAUGGACAAGUAUCAUACGAAGCAAUUAAUAGCAUGGAAUACUUGGACGCUGUGAUUAACGAGGUCCUUAGAAUGUAUCCGGUUAAUUUAAUGUUAGAUAGACUAUGUUUGAAAGAUUUCGAGUUACCACCGACAUUACCAGGAGUAAAACCCUUUACUCUAAAAAAAGGACAUGGCAUAUGGAUACCGAUUUAUGGACUUCAUCACGAUCCUCAAUACUUUAAAGAGCCGGAAAAGUUCGAUCCCGAACGAUUUCUUGGCGAGCGGAAAAAAGAGAGUCUCAACUGCGGAGCCUAUCUUCCCUUUGGUUUAGGUCCUAGAAUGUGUUUAGGAAACAGAUUCGCAUUGCUGGAAACGAAGGUUCUGUUUUUUCAUCUGCUGACACGUUGCGAUUUCGAACCUUGCGAGAAGACCUCGAUACCGCUCAAAUUUUCUAAAGGUUUUAAUUUGAAGCCCGAGGGAGGUUUCUGGCUGAAUGUAUCGCCAAGAAAAAAUCCACAUCAUACUAUUGCAGCCAAUAUCGCAAAUAACAAAUUAUAAAACGUACUUUUCUCCGUCAAAUUCAUUCUUAUCACUGCUUAUUGGCUGAUAUCAUUACGAUAUGCUGAUACUAUCAGGACUAUGAUAUGAUAUCACAAUUUAUGUUUUAUGUUAUUGUUUGUGCAGCAGAUUUAAAAUUCUGAAUAUACAAAAUUGCAAAGUAA